AUGAACGAUUCGCACCAUGGCGAUGCGUGUGUAAGCCUCAACUCUCCAUGUACUCCAAAAUUUUCACAAUCUUUUAUUUCACACCCAAUAAAUCAAAGCAAAACGAUGGCAAGCCCAUUAGAAAAUUUUCAAAUGUUCUUAGAGACCCAAAAGGAGUUGUUAAUUGCAGAAACUGAUGCUUUCUUCAAGCGCCAUUGCAUUAGGAUACGUAAGAAUAUUUUACCUACAAAACUUCCAGCCUGGGCAAAAUCUCCCCAAGAUAUCAUUAGUUCAGACGAAACUAGCAUACCAUUUGCCAGCAUCUAUCGCCACAAGCACUUUCUCAAGUGCAGAAUACUUCGUAAUUGGUCCUACAUCGAGACACCAUGGAACUCUUCUUCAAUGAAACGAAAUAAUGGCAUUCCAUUUGAUCUGCGCCCGUUGACCAAGGAAAUAUCUAAGCAAUUGGACUUGAUUAAUGAGGAUUUGACUGACCCCGAAUUUACAGGGAUGCUACUAACCCUUAACUCUUCCAUCUACAAACAUACAAUGCACAAUAAAGAUGUUUAUGCAUCAAAAAUACUGGCAGGUGGAUUAAUUGAAUGUCUAGCCACUAAUGAAAGAUGUAUUAAAUGUGUUUGGGUUCAUCCUGACUUAUCGCAACACUCGUCAAAGUUACUACUACAAGCGUUCUUACCUAGACUAGUUUUGGAAUCGUUCAGCAUGGACUUGGAUAAUACGAGUCCCAAUGCAAAAUUCACCUAUGCUAUGCACAACGACAUGGACCUUUUCCCUAGGCAGUGUUGGCUUCUGAUGGCAAGCGCCAAGAAAAUGUGUUUACCCAGGCAUUAUGAACAUUCAACCUUUGAGGAGCAUUUAGUGGAGUUGGAUUAUGGUGGUUUUCACACGGAUAUCAAUGAAAAGAACUUUGGGGAAAUGUACCACAGUUACGGAAAACCCUCGACCACCAGGAGCGUACAAUGCCUAUGCAGGAAGAAAAAAGAGGAGAUGGCCAUUGACGAUCAGGCCUGGUUAGACAGAUUGAUAGGUUGUACUGAGGCUUUCAUGUCAAUUAUGUUGCCAAAGAAAGCUGAGCGACAAGCAUUGGGUUUGUACGUGAGGGAGGGCUGGAGAGAUAUGGUACCUAAUAGUUUUGAGGAGGGAUUGUAUUUAAAUAUUAUGAGAUUAUUGCCUGGAUUUGGGAAAGGUAAAAUCGGAAUCCCCCCUCCAUUGAGCAUGGAUAAGUCAAGUUCGAGUAAUGGGCAAAAUAACAACACCAGUAAGAAUAGUGGAAGUACAAAUUUGAAUUCGGUGCCUUCAGGGUCAUUGGUUGAUAUAAGGCAAGAGUGGUGUGAGUUGAGGAAGGAGGAUAUCACGGAUAUUACCAGUGACACCGAGUAUUCUAUGAAAAAUCCCAAAAUGUAA